AAAAUAAAAAAAAAAUGGAGAGUGGUAAUGCAUCAAUGGAAAAUAAUAAUGUUAAUGAUAUUGGGCUUAUUAAUUUCUUGGAUGAGGAUAAUUUUGAACAAUUCAUUGAGCUUAUUAGGGGUGAAACUGCUGAUCCUAUUGUAAAUUUUUGCCCAAACUAUGAUUGUGAACAUAUGACAGGUUGUUUUUCCGCAGCCAAUGCCCAAUUUGAGCCAAUAUUAUCGUCGAUGGAUUUCUAUGAUACAACAUUGCCAGAUCCUAUUUCGCUAUAUAACUGCGAAAUCAAGCUGGAUAAUAAUGAUGAUGAAGACGAUGAUGAAUCUUCUGGCACAACGGCUACCACCAAAAUGACUCCAACAAGCAAAGGCACGAGGACUGACCGGUCCAGAACUUUGAUUUCGGAGCGCAAAAGGAGAGGAAGAAUGAAGGAAAAGCUUUACGCUUUGCGAUCCUUAGUUCCUAAUAUCACAAAGAUGGAUAAAGCCUCCAUCAUUGGAGAUGCAAUAUUAUACGUACAAGGACUACAAACCAAAGCAAAGAAACUUAAAGUUGAAAUAGCAGAGUUUGAGUCAUCAAGUGGAAUAUUUCAAAAUGCAAAGAAAAUGAAUUUCACAACCUAUUAUCCAGCAAUCAAGAGGAUAACAAAGAUGGACAUUAAUCAAGUAGAAGAAAAAGGAUUUUACGUGAGAUUAAUUUGCAACAAAGGGCGACACAUUGCAGCUUCUCUUUUCAAAGCUCUUGAGUCUCUCAAUGGAUUCAAUGUUCAAACUUCCAACUUGGCUACUUCUACCAAUGAUUACAUUUUCACCUUCACUCUUUAUGUGAGAGAAUGUCAUGAGGUGGACAUAAACUUUGGCAAUUUGAAGCUAUGGAUAGCUAGUGCUUUUCUUAAUCAAGGGUUUGACUUCGAGACAUCUCCGUUGGUCUAAUAUCAUGUUAUUAUUGUAACUUUCUAAAAUACUGAACUAUAUUUAAUUUGUAUUAUCAUUUAGUACUCAUUAUCCAAACUAAACGGGACUUUUACUUAAUGAAGGAACACUUGUUUUGA